AUGAGUGUUAAUCAAAAGGACACUUUCACCGUUGGUGUUUCCAGAUCAAGAAGUCAUCAAGAAAGUUCAGACGAUACAGACGAUGCCAAGGUUGUCAAUUUGAAAUAUGCCGAUGUCACACUGGAAUUAUUUGAACAACAUGAGAAGGAAGCUGGUGAAUUAACACCAGAAUUGGAGAAGAGAAUCAAGAGGAAAUUAUGGUUUAUUAUCAUUCCUAUUGUUUCAUUUGUUAAUUUUAUGUUAUUUUUCGAUAAGAAUGCUACUGGGUAUGCCUCCCUAUUAGGGAUGUUUGAAGAUUUAAACUUGGAUCAAGCAAAAUAUAAUGAUUUACAAACGAUUUUCUAUGCUGGUUAUAUCUUAUUUCAAGUCCCAAGUCAUUUAUUAUUUCAAAGAAUAAAAUUAUCUCAUUAUAUAUCUGGUGUUACGUUUGUUUGGACCAUAACUACACUAACCACACUAGCUGCUAAGAACUUCACACAUUUAGCAAUUAUUAGAUUCAUAUUGGGAUGUUUUGAAAGUGGUGUCACUCCAUGUUUGGAACAUACAAUGGCAAUGUGGUUUACACCUGCAGAGCAAGCUAUAAUAAAUCCUAUCUUUUGGAUCAGUUGUAUUGCACAGGGGAUCCCUGGCGGGUUAUUAGCUUAUGGUGUUCAAUUUGUUCCUGGUGAUAUCAGUCCAUGGAAAGUUUAUUGGACAAUUCUUGGUGGGUUAUCAUUUGUUUUAUCCAUAUCCUCAUUUUUUUUCUUUCCUGAUAAUCCUGCAACUUAUAGAUAUUUCACAGUCCAGGAAAGGAUCCAUGUUAUUAAAAGAAUCAAAGCUGCUACAAAGUCCUCGAUCGAACAGAAAACGGUCAAGAAGGAUCAAGUUAUUGAAGCUGUUAAAGAUCCAAUCACUUGGUUAUUUGGUGUAUUUGUCUUGUUGAGUAUGUUGUGUAAUAAUAUCAGUUUCCAAAGUGCAAUCAUUUAUAAAAAUUUGGGUAUUUCCAAUUUAGAUUCCACUUUAGUUUCAGUUGCAUCUGCUGGAUGGACCACUUUCAUGUCAAUUGCAGGUUCAAUUGCUCUAAGUAUAUUUAGAUCCCAAUCUGCACAUUUUGGUACAGUUUGUGCAUCAAUUGCACUAUUAGGUGGUAUUAUCACUGUUUCAUUACCAUUACAUUUGAGUAAAGGUAUUCUUGCAGGUAUUUUCUUAACAAAUGCCAAUGCAAAUACUUUUAUUGCUUCAUUUUCAUGGUGUCAAUCAAGUGCUGCUGGAUAUUCAAAGAAAUUAGUUAGAACUGUUGUUUGGUCAGUGUUUUAUGGUGUUUCCAAUCUUAUUGCUCCUCAGAUUUGGAGAGCUAAGGAUAAACCAAGAUAUCAUUUAGCUUGGACAAUCUGUAUUGUUUUAUCAUGGUUUGUUGCACCAUUAAUCUUGCAAAUUAUUAGAUUUGUUUUAUCAAGAAGAAAUAAACAAAGAAGACAAUUUCUUCAAGAUAUUGAGGAUGGUAAAAUCGAAGAUGAACAUGGGUUUGUUACAAGUUAUGAUUCUGAUGGGAAUGAAGUCAAGACAGAAGUGGAUAUAUCCAUGUUGGAUUUGACUGAUUUACAAAACAAGAGGUUUAUUUAUCCAUUAUAA